UUCUUCUUCUUCCCAAUUCCCUUUUUAAUGUUUUCGAUUAUUCGGAAAUAAUAGUAAGAAAAAAAGAAAAAAAAAAAAGCUUAUCCAUAUUAUCUUGAAGAAAAAAGAACACUGUAGAAAUGGCGCUCCUCUUCACUUCUCCUCUCUCUUCUCUCUCUUCACCUUCAUCAACCACUUCUGGGCUCGUUACUCACCCUUUCCUCAGGUUGUGCAACAAAUCCGUUACUUUCCAUCCGAAAUCGGACUUUGGAGCAAGAAUCGGAGCACCAUUUGUCCUAAAAAACAGAGGUGCAUUGAUUGUUAAGGCAUCUUUAGAUGUUGACGGCGCAGGUUCCACACCUUCAGAGCCUCCUACCGUACCCUCAGACAACAAAGAGGUAAGUGUAUCAGUCGAGAACCUUCCGUUGGAAUCAAAGGCUCAGCUAAUGCUUGAGCAGAAAACGAGGAUGAAAUUGGCCAAGAAACUUAGGCUCAGGAGAAAGAGGCUCGUGAGGAAACGUCACUUGAGGAAGAAGGGGCGAUGGCCCCCUUCCAAAAUGAAGAAGAACAAGAAUGUUUGAACAACGUACCUACCUUCUAGAAUAUCUCGCAGGUUACUCUGCUGACUCGUUUUUUUUCUUCUUUUCUUUUUUCCUUACGGUGUAUUGCAAGUUCCCUAUCUUUUGACAUCAUAAUUUGUUUUCGUUGUUAUGUAAAUGCGACCUUGCUAUAUAUUUCUUCGGUGUUAUUUCAAAUUGCUAUUUUGAUGAACAAAGCAAAUAGGGAUCUCUUCAUUUUGUAUGAGGCAGUAUUGGUGAUCUUGUUAUCAUUGAAAUCAGCUCGGGCUUUA